AGAUGGCGGCGCCCGACGAGUUGUUUUGCUGGGAAGGAGACUGGGGUCUCCCGUCCGUCAGCACGGACUGCCUGGUGAUUCUGGCUUACGCUCAGUUUGCAGGAGCUCCUCUCAAACUCAGGAAGAUGUCCAACCCCUGGAGGAGUCCCAGCGGAUUACUUCCCACCCUGAGGACCAAUCAGAAAGAGAAUUUGACCAGACCCUCUGACAUCAUCACUCACUUCAGGAAACAGAAGUACAAUGCAGACGUGGACCUCUCGGCCAAGGAAGCUGCCGACAGUCUGGCCUUCGUCUCUCUGCUGGAGGAGAAGCUCAAACCGGCUCUGAUCUACACCUUCUGGGUGGAGCCUAAGAACUACGUGGAGGUGACCCGCCGUUGGCACGCCGCCCACAUGCCGUUCCCUCUGAACUUCUUCCUGCCGGGCCAGAUGCAGCGCGGCCGGCUGGAGACGCUGCGCCUGCUGCGAGGAGACGAGGGCCUGGAGGCCGGAGAGGAGCUGGAGAAGGAGUUGUACCGGGAGGCGACCGAGUGCCUGAACCUGCUCUCCCAACGACUCGGCUCACACAAGUUCUUCUUCGGGGACUCGCCUUCGUCUCUGGACGCCUUCGUCUUCGGACACCUGGCCCCCGUCCUCGGGGCCAAGCUGCCCAACGGGAAGCUGCAGCAGCACCUGAGAACCCUGGAGAACCUCAGCAGCUUCUGCAGCAACGUCCUGCUGCUCUACUUCCCCCGAGACGGGCCAGAGGGCGGCGGUCCGAAGACGUCCUCGCCGGCGGCGCCGGAGGGCGGCGACUUCGACCACGUCCCCAACAAGCGCAGGAAGCAGGUGCUGUCGGCGCUGGCGGCUCUGGGCGCCAUGCUGAGCUACGCCCUGCUCACCGGCAUGGUGUCCAUCCAGCAGGAGGCGCUGGAGGAGCCGCCGGACCCCGAGCCAAUCGGGGGCGGGGGCGAGGACUGAGGGGGUGUGGCCUCAUGGGACUUAACCGGCAACAGAGAAAUGUGUCGGCAUUAUUUAAACGUAAUAAUCACGUCCGACAGGAAGUGGACGUUGGUUUCUGUCCACAUGGAAACAUCUGGAUGUUCUUCACGUUGAGGACGUCUGUUCAAGUCGGUCUGUCACAUUAAAAUUGGGGAUUUGUUUUGUCAAAUGA